ACAAACAUAUUUAUUAGUAGCGAUGGGGAGCGGGGGGUAGCCUAGUUUUUUAACCCAGGCACCCCCUUCCCGCUCAGAUGUCUGGCUGCUUUUCUUAAGUGCAACCAUCUAUAACUGGGGGGGGGGGAAGCCAUACGUGGAAAUGUGUGUGUGAGAAGGUGCAUCUUGAAGCGGGGUUUAGUUACAAUCGAUCUUGGGGGGGAAAUAUUGCCUAUGGUCCAAAAAUAAGGAGCGACUAUGUCCUUCUCCCAGUUCGGAUACCCCUACAGCACCACUUCACAGUUCUUCGUGUCCGCCAGCCCCAGCACGACCUGUUGCGAGGCUGCACCCCGCUCCGCUCCGGAUGCCUCCCCGGCGCCGGCCUCCGCCUCCCUCUGCUGCGCCCCAUACGAGAGCCGGCUGCUGCCGCCGGGCCGCGCCGAGCUCAAUGCGGCGCUGGGCAUGUACGGUGCCCCGAUAACCGCCGGCCAGGGCUACGGCAGCUACCUGCCCUACGGCACCGAGCCCGCCGCGCUCUACUCCGCGCUGAACCCCCAGUAUGAAAUCAAGGACGGUGCCGGCACGUUGCACUCGGGAAUCGCGCAGCACGCUGCCUACUACUCUUACGAUCAUUCCUUCGGGCAGUACCAGUACGACAGGUAUGGGACAGUGGAUUUCAGUGGCUCGGCCAGACGCAAAAACGCAACGCGGGAGACGACGAGCACCCUCAAGACCUGGCUGUACGAGCACCGGAAAAACCCCUACCCUACCAAAGGAGAGAAAAUCAUGCUAGCCAUCAUCACCAAAAUGACCUUGACCCAAGUGUCCACUUGGUUUGCUAACGCCAGACGAAGGCUCAAGAAAGAAAACAAAAUGACCUGGUCUCCCAAGAACAAAGCGGGGGAAGAGAGGAAAGAACCAACCCCGCGAGAAGAGGAGGAGUACGGCGCGGAGGGCGAAGGCAGAGAGCAGAAAAGCUGCAAAGAGGACAAGGAGCUGCGGUUCAGCGACCUGGAGGAGGAGGAGGAGGAGGAGGAAGAGGAAGAGGAGGAGGCGGGGAAGCCGGAGAAGGGCCGGGCCAGCUCCCUGCAGGAAGCCCCCAGCCUCGGCGCGGCGCUGCCCGAGGCUCCGAGGAGCGACUGCAGCCUGCCCGGCUACUUCCGCGCCCUCCCUUGCGCCAAGGCCCCCGCCGCAGAAUUCGCACCCCCCGCCCUAUCCGGCCCGCCACCGCCCUAUGCUCCCGCAGAGAAACCGCGCAUCUGGUCGCUGGCGCGCACCGCCGGGGCCAGCGCGGCGCGCAGGGGCAGCCCCGAGGGCGUCGGCGCGGCGGGGGAGCAACCCCUGCCCGCCAAGGCCUUCCGGAGCUCCGCUUUCAAUCUGCAGCCGCUCCCGCGGAGCUGCGCGUCCCACCGCGGCCUGGGGGAGCCAUGCCAGUACGCGGCGGCGGGCGAAGGUACCCGCGGCGGCGGGGACGGGCGGGACCGCGGGCCGGGCCGGGACACAGGGCGCGGCGUGAGCCCACCUUCGGCUGACAACCCCCCUGUAAUCGCCUCGGGCCCGGCGCGGCCGCGGCGUUAAGCCGGGCCCAGGUGUCAGGCGGGCGCAGGUCCGUGGCUCCCCGGCGGUGGAGAAGCCGAGGCCUCGCCGCUGGAGGCGAGCGGGCAGGGGAGGGCGGCGGGGCCGAGCCGGGCCCACCGCGAGCCGCUUGUGUCUGUGCAGGCUUCGGGCGGGGCGCUAAGGGCGGCCCGGGAGGCGCCGAGCUGGGCGGGCCGUGCCUGGACAGGCUGCGGACAGCGUUCCGGCCGGUGCUGCGGCGGUGAGGGCCGCCCGCCCUUUCUUGAGCGCUGGUGACGGGGCUCUGCCUGCAGCGAGGUUAUCGGCUUGGCACAACGAAAGCAAGCUCUCCCCGGCCCGGCGGCGACCUCUCCGGCCACAGGCCCGCGGCUCUGCCAUCGCCGGGACACGGCCCCGCUGCUCACUAGGGGCCGGGGGGCGGCGGGCGGAGCGGUUCCCCGUGGGACCGGUCCCCCGCCGCCGCCCGUUCGUUCAACACCCCCAGAAACACCUCUGCCACAACAGUAACAAAAAGACUAAUCUCCCUUUGUUCCCCACGUCGUGGUUUGUUUCUCCUUCUUCCGGUUCCCCCCGCUCAAGGCACGGUUGCCCGUGGCCGCUCCACGCCAUCCCGUGGAGAGAAGAGCGGCACAGGUCACGCCGAGCGGUUCCUUUCCUGUGGCUGUAAGUAUAUAGCGGUGGAAGUAUUUUCAGAGUCCCCAAUUAACACAGGUGAACUGACCGCCGUGAAGCCGCCCUGUGACCCCGGGAGUGCUUCAACUAGGAGCGGCCCCGGGCACCCCCGGGCACCAGAGCAGGAUGUUGUUAGUGGGUCAGCGCUGUUGGUCAGUCAAAAGAGCAGUGCUGCAGUUUACAGGACAGAUGAGAAAGGGAAACCGUAUCUCCGCAUUAUUUCUGUUUAAUUAAAAGUGUCAUCAAACACUUUGUAUUCAGACUAAUAAACCAAGCAGGGAUGAGGAAAGAAUGUUUCUUUGUUCCUGUCUCUAGAAGCAGUGGCAAUAAUUUAAAUUAAUAACUGUGGUAAUUAAGAGGUCAUCUAUAGAUCAACCCGAUACCUGCUAUUUCCGAGUUCACCGGGGUCAACAUUUACAUUAAGUCACUUGUGGUCAAUAGAGUCCAAUGAAUUCUGCUUUAAUAAAUCAGGGAAAUCAAUCUUGAA